AGAAAAAAGAAAAAAAAAUCAUGCUUGAAACAUGGAAGAAAGUCUUGAAAUCAUAUGGAUAACUCUUGAUUUUUCAUCAUUUGAAAAACUAUCAACGCCAAAAGUAUGGUUAGUCGAGCAAAGCAUUGAUACUAAAAAAGGGAUGGUAUUCACACCCCAUGAGUGUUGCAUUUUGAAGGAUGUAACUGGUGAAGCUUACUGCACGUCUGUAAGGAUGGCAUACGAGCUUCUAAAACGCAAUCUUCUCGCAGCUGUUUUUGUAGAGACUCUUUCUACUCAUUUACUUGCUGGAAUUAUUCUUGUCUUCUCUUCAAUUUAUGCAAUUGUGAUUUGUGCAUUAUUGAAUGCCGUAAGCAACCUUUGGCCAGACUCGUAUUCUGUGGCUGCCAUGGCGUGGGUGCUAAUGAUGGUGGUGCUAGGAUUUUUCGUGCAUGUGCUGGACAAUGUUAUUGAUAUGGUGUACCUGUGCCAUGCCAUAGCCAGGGACAGAGGAGAGGUACGUAAACAGGAGGUUCAUGAAGUUUAUGUUCAUCUCCCCAUCAGUAUGAACCAUGGAUCAUCUCUUGUUCCCAGAGCUCCACUAAAUGUAUAACCAUCAUUGAAUUAAAAUUUGUGUUGUAUUCUGAUUGUGAUUUGCAUUGUUUAAGGAGUUAGAACUGCCAUCUGGUGAAUUGUACAUAAUGUUGUAUUGUACAAUGAGGUUUGUCCAAUAAAUUGACAAAAUUUAGAGGCA